UUUUGUUGCUACAUGGCUAAUGUUCAAGGUAAAAUCUAGCAACAGAAGAAAAUUGUACUGUCAGCUUUGCAAAUGCAAAAAAAAACUUUUGUUGAUUUGUUCACUUCCUUCAUUUCAUGAUUUCCAUUUCGUUUGUGUUGAAUUAUUUUGUUUUUGAAUUUUGAUUAGUGAUCAGUGUCAAAGUGCAAGUGUCAUCUAAUUUAUCACUGAUAAUUCUAGGAGUUUUAAUAAUUAAUUCCUCUCAAAGGCUCAGAAUUUAUCAAUCUAAUCCAGCACGUUAUAUUCAUCAAAAUGGCCUUCAGGCCACUCACAGAUGCAGAAUGUGGACAAGUUAACCCCCUGACGAAACUCACCUCACAUAUCACACAGGAUCAUACAUUUUCCGAUAGCCAUGGACAAAUUUUUCCCAGUACUUCUGAUCAAUUGGUCGAACAAUUCUUGCAAGAGACAAGAGCUGUACCACAGUCUUUUCGAAUGGAUGACUUGAUGAGGGAAAUGCAUGAAAUUGAAUCUCAAAGGUCCGCUCUGCCUCCAAUACCUGCUUCAGCCAUAAAAGAUCAAAUACAAGACGAUGCUUGGGCACAGCAGUAUCUUCAAGAUGGCAAAAUGUUCCAGGAGCAUAACUACGAUGAGAUUUGGCAUCAGAUGGCUGCCCAAGGCCGGCAAGAAAAUGUUAAUCCGAAUAAUAUGUUUGAAGAAGCUUGGAAGGCCGUAGAAACAUUCGAAUUUAACCAGUCAGGUGCUAGUGCAAUGCAAAAUGCCAAUCUGGGUGCCAAUUUUUCGGGAAAUUCAAUGGAUGAUAAAUUUGUGUACUCAAAGUUUAUGAAAUUUAUGAAUUCUCCCGAAGAAGGCCAAGUGAGGCUUGAUGGUGGAAAAUUAACUCAAGAUGAGGCCCAAGCAUGGACAGAUGAAUUUUUGCAGAACAAGGAAGCUGCUACCCUCGAUGACGUUUGGCCUGAAUCAAUGGAGGAAAGCAAAGCUGAGGAAGAGAAGCCAGAAUUUUGGGAUUAUUUACAGAAAAGUAUAGAAAAAGGCUUAGCAAGUGAUGAAAAUACUCCACAGUCAUGGCUGGAUGGAUUUAAUUCAUAUUAUAUGACUCCACAUGGGGAAUAUGAAUUUAGCGAACAAAAUCCUAUGUUAGAUCUCCCUAAUUCUAUGGAAAGGGGCAAGGAGUUAUUACAACAAGGUGAUUUUCCUAGUGCUGUCCUAUGUUUCGAAGCUGCAGUAAAACAAAAUCCACAAAAUAUUGAAGCUUGGCUAUUGUUAGGAACAACACAAGCAGAAAAUGAACAGGACCCAAGUGCAAUAGCGGCCCUAAACAAGUGUCUACAAUUGGAUCCAACGAAUUUGACUGCAUUAAUGGCUGCCGCUGUCAGCUACACGAACGAGAGCUAUUACAAUCAAGCUUGUUUUAUGUUAAUGAGUUGGUUGAAAAAUCAUCCAAAAUAUAGCGAUCUGGUACCGCCAAAUCUGAAUAUAUCUCGGCAAGUUACAAGCUUAAUAGUGCAAGCGAACCACAAGCUAGUACAAGAUUUAUAUCUAAGAGCCGCCCAAAGAAAUCCACACAACCUGGACUAUGAAGUACAAUCCGGCUUGGGAGUAUUGUGCAAUUUAUCGGGCGACUUUGACAAAGCCACGGACUGUUUCAGAGCUGCCUUAUCUGCAAGACCGAACGAUGCCAGACUUUGGAAUCGUUUGGGAGCGUCGCUGGCCAACGGAUCCAAAUCAGAAGAAGCUAUCGAGGCUUAUCGUCAUGCUUUAAACUUAUCUCCUGGAUUUAUUAGGGCAAGAUACAAUGUUGGAAUUACUUGUAUAAAUUUGCGUGCCUACAGGGAAGCAGUGGAACAUUUUUUAACAGCUCUGAAUCAGCAAGCACGCGGAAAAGACGUGUUCAACACAGGAUCCGGUUCAAAAAUGUCAGAUACUAUUUGGUCCACAUUACAAAUGUGCUUGUCUUUGAUGGAUAGGUCAGAUUUGAGGCCUCUUAUUCGGAGUAGAAACGUUCAAGAGUUAAAUAAGAUUUUCAAUAUAGAUUAAAAUAGAGUAUGACUUGAUUAAAAUGAAAGGAAAUAAAUUUAAAAUAAGAAAUAAAUUGGCUUAUUUUUAGCCAUAAUGAAGUAGGCAUGUAUUUUCAUAGAUGGUGAAAAAGUGAAAUUGAAAUUUUUGGUUACAAUGAUCCCUAUUUGAUUGUGGAAAAGUUAACAUUAUAUUAUUGGUUUAGCCUUUGGAAAUUUUUAUUUUUAGCAUGCCAAAAUUAUAUUUCAAAUUAUUUGUUUUCCAAUUGUUUAGUACUUAUAAAUCAUAAGAAGUAUUCUAUUGUAAUAUCUUUAUUUUAUAUCCAAUCAAUCAAUAAAAAAUUAUACAAAACUAUGCAAGUAUACAGGGUGAAAAUAUCAUCAUACAAUGAUUAGAAAUAUAGAUUUUGUUCGAAACAUGAGUUAUGUCUUGAGUAAGUUGGAUUUUACUUUCUCCCACACAAUUUUUACACCCUGUAUAUUAAAAAAUAUAUGUUUACGUAUUAAUUAUUAUUAUUAUCUGUUUGAAUUAAUACGUAUUUACUAUAUUAUAUUGUUGGAAUUUCAUUUCUUUUUUAUUUUUGUGAGUUGUAUUGGAUUCUUUAUUAAAAAAAUUGUUUGGGUUUAUAUGUUACUUUUUUUUUGUUAUAUGUAUUACACGUAAAUAAAAUAUUUUUGUAAUUUACGAUAUUUCAAAUUCAUUUCAUAUCGAUCUUCAAUAUAUGUUGGUCAUUGUUGGUAGUUUUCCUCAAGUUUUGUUCUGCAUAAUCAAGUAUGUAUGUAUGUUUAUCAGUGAUCUAUUAAUGAUCAUCAUCGAUUUGACAAUAUUCGUUGUCUGUGGAGACAGAAAAUAAAUGGGUAUUUGAGCUAAAAAAUGCUUAGCCCCGGACCAGUUUAUGAAAUAAAUGUAUUUCAAACACAUUUACCAUUUGUUGCUUUAAGGGGUUCAGUGAAAAAAACUACAACAAAGUACCUAUAUAAUUAUUAACAUAAAGUUGAAAAUCAGACGUU